AUGCCUGCGCCACUUGUCAAAGGUAUCAUCGUGACAGCCUCAGUCCUGGUGGCUGCUGGUGUUGCUGUUUAUCAGUCCCCUCAGUUUCAAGAGUGGGUGGCCACUUCCCGACGCAAAAUCGCUCUAGCCUUACACAACCUGGGCGCUGAGAUUCAGCCGGGUGACCCCAUCCUCCGAGAGGACAUCUCCAUGACCGAAGAGAUCGGCCAAGCUGCAGACGAACGAAGACGAAUUGCUCGAGCGGACAUUAUGAAGCGGGGCAUGUUACUUGAAUCUCGACUAAAGGCGAGAGGGUCGCAUGAGCCGCUCGAUAGCGUUGACUCUCUAGUAGACAACGAUGGUAAACUCCGCGCGUCAAAGGCUGAACAUAACAUCAACGAUGUCGGUGCCUCAACCGGACUUGAUGUGGGCUCACAACCUUACCGUCGUGGUGAAAUGUCCAAUAACUGGGAUUUCUUACCUGCCGACAUGCCAUCGGAAACCUCAUCAAACCAUCCCUCGGAGUCCGUAAUACAACUAACUCCUACUUCAACCGCACCUGGCGAAAUCCUUUUCGACCCUCUCUCCGGUUCACCCGUCAGAGCCCAGUCACCGAUGUCUACCUCGACUUCCAGUCACACGGAAGGCAGCCAGGUCUAUUACGCCCAUCCUCAUUCGGAUUCCAAUGUGACGCAGCAGCAAGACCUCCUCACGGACUUAGAUGACUUUGCCCAAGGAAAUCAGUUCCAGCACCCCGUUUCUUCUGCACCAUCAACUGCCGGGAGCUUCAGUCAUGUCGGUGACUUUGACGCGUCAUCUGAAGGCACAUUGAGUGACUUGGAUGCUCGUUCGGUAGGAGGCAUAGCUACUCCAGCCAGCUGGUCUGAAGUUGGGAGUGAGAUAAGCAAUGAGGAUGCUGGUCAUCAUCACUUGCUGUAA